AUGAAUAAGGAGAACACUGAGUUCAGAUAUGACCCCGAGAUUGAACGGACCUUCUGGCGUAGGAAUAAAUCCAACUGUCGUCGAAGGUUGAGGCAACAGUUACUUAGACAGCAAGAAAGGGAAAGAGCAAUGGCGGAAGAACAACAAAAACAGCAAUUAGCACACACUGCACAGAACCCAAUCCAGAUGACUGCUGCGCCAUUUAGGGGUAGCGGUGGCGAAGAUCCUCAUGCCCAUAUGAAAUGUUUCCUAGAAACAUGCAAUUCCUUUGUGAUUCCUGGAAUUACACCAGAGGCAAUCAGAUUGUCCUUGUUUCCCUAUUCUUUGCGAGAUGACGCAAAGCAUUGGAUGAAAACGUUUUAUGGCGGACUAAACAGGGCAUCACAAAUGGCAGCAGAUGCAGCAACAGCCGGAGGACUGAUGGACAAAUCCUAUACUGAAGCUAAAGAAAUAUUAGAUCGCAUUGCCAAACAUAACAUGGAGUGGGUAGAUGACACAUACGAUGGAAGAUAUGACAGACGAACACGAUCUCAGAACAUUAACUCUGUUGAUGCCAACGCAAUAGCCACGCUCUCCGCUCAAAUGGCUACCAUGACCAACCUUCUACAGAACUUCACACUAGGUAACGCACAAAACCAGCAGAAAGUGAAUCAAAUGAAAGCAUUAGGACAACUCGGGGAGGAAAUCAACAAGAGCACCACCCAGGCGCGAGCCAUCAACAAAGGAAUGGACCACCAUCUGUCUUUCAACAAACGAAUCAACAACUCUUCAAUAGAGGCGGCCACGCAUCGAGUUCUGGAGAAACCUAUUGAAGGAGUAUAUAGCCUAGAACGACGCAAUGCUGAAGAACCAGGCGUCAUCAAUCAGAAACCUGGAACUCCAGGUGGGGUAGAUUGCAAACGAGUUGAAAAGCAGGCAGCCAGACAUUCUACCCAGAAUACAGAGACACCUAGGAAUAAUAACAGGAAAGAGCAAUGUCACGCAGUAACGUUGCGGAGUGGAAGAGCCCUUGCAGAAAGAAAGAUGAAUCCAAGAAACAAUAGUCCUUCGAAAGAAUGCAUUACAUGUACAAUGGAUCAGGAAGAGAGAACGCCAGAAAAUACAAGCCAUUUGGAAACCAGCACGUCUAACGUGGGAAAGAAGGAGGUGCUUUUGAACGCACCAUUCCCCAGGCGUCUGAUGAAGAAGAAUGAUGAACAUCAGUUCAAGCACUUUCUCGAGCUCCUAAAGCAGCUGCACAUCAACAUUCCAUUAAUAGAAGCUUUAGAGCAAAUGCCAACAUACGUGAAGUUUUUGAAAGACAUUUUAACGAAAAAGAGAAAAGUCAGAUUAGAUGUGGAUCAUGCGUUGUGCGACCUAGGAGCAAGCAUCGAGGCAAAACCUACUUCUGUCACCCUUCAACUCGCUGACAGGACAACUAAGUACCCGAAAGGGAAGAUUGAAGAUGUUUUGGUAAAGGUUGAUAAUCUCAUAUUCCCAGCAGACUACGUUAUUCUGGAUUAUGAAGCAGAUAGGGAGGUUCCUAUCAUCCUUGGACGCCCUUUCUUGGCUACUGGGAAAGUUCUGAUUGACAUGCAUAAAGGUGAGUUAACCAUGCGCAUGGCUAAUGAAGAAGUGACAUUUAAUGUGCUUAACGCAUUAAAAUUCCCAGACACUGAUGAUUGUCCGCUAAACCAUAUUGAAUUGACUGAAGAAGAGACUCGAGUAUGUGAAGUUAUCAUGCUGGAGGGAACCUUGAAGGAAUCCGAGCUUCCAAGUCUGAGUGAGCGACAGACAAAACCAAGAUUGAUGUAA